AUGAAGAGGAAAGCCAUUACAUCAACUUUUCAAGGAAUGGAGAGACGGCUCACAAGGCUGCAAGCCAAGGCCACUGCUUCUUCUUCAACUAAGGAACAACUCCUUUUAGGGACAAGCAUGAGGCUAAGGGCGUGUUCUUUAUCUUCUAUGAUGCAUAAGCCUGGUUACUAUGUGUGGAGGCUAGCACAAAUGGAUUCUCUGUCCUCCAAGUCUCCUAGUCAAAUUGCAAACUUAGUCCCCAAUCAAUGUGUAUCCUUGCCAUCAUCAAAAGGGUUCAAAGAAACAGAAAAUGCCAAUAUCCCAGAGUUGGAAAAAUCAGGGAAUGAAUCAAUCCCUACCCUGAAGGGUAGAAGUUGCCUUCAAGAAUCAGACCAGAAUUCAUCUUCUAGCACCUCAGCAGGACUUCGUCUACAAUUGGUGUUAUCUCCAGCUCAAGUUGAUUCACCUACUGCCCCCUCUGGAUAUGUACAAUCGCAUGCAAUUGUUGGUGAUAAGACUAAAGAAUACAAUAACAUCCGGAUAGCAGAGACAUCUAUAGAAAACAAUUCAGCAUCUGAGGGUACUUUCAACACAGAAAACUUCAACUCAAAGCUUGUGGGUCAAAAUCAAGGCAGAGAGGAAUCUGACCGUGAUGCUCUUGCCCUAGUAACUGCCAAGAACAUUAGUGGAGUCACUGUAGAAACUAUUACUUCUAACACUACCUCAGGUAGACAAGUAGCCCCAGAGGAAGCCAGAGUCAUAUCAAAUGUUGUCUUGGAAAUUGCCAAGGAAGUUAACAGUUGUAAGACAACUGAUGAACAUCUAAGACCAACUUACAGUAUUGGCCUGUCUGAAAUGGCUAAUAUGUUUGCUGCUGAUGAUUCCAAUCAAGAUGAGGUCCAGUCGUUUUUGUUUGAUCCUGCCUUGAUCUCAGUUCAGGGAUAUAGAGUGAAGGAAGCAUCUGCUACCAUUCUUAGAAAUGUAAUGAAGAAGCAUGGAGACAUAGCUAGGAAUUGCUUUGUGGAAACAGUGGAGAGUCGCUCUUUUUUCUUGGAGAAGGUAUGUGAAAUCAUACAAACAUUGCAAACAACAAAAUUUGUAAACAUUACACAAACUGAAGUCGAGAAAAUGCUUGCCCUUGUUGGCGACCUCGGGAGAGUGAAUCUGGGCGUUGGCUGGCUCCAAAAAAGGUUAGAGGAGAUUUUGGAGGUGAUAAAGCUGAUAAAGCAGUCUUCGCAAUUGAAGGAAAGCAGGGGAAGAAAUGCUCAAAUCAUUCAGGAAUCGAAGAGGGCAUUGAAAAGCUACGAAGCUAGGAUACUGGUACAUGAGGCUGAGAUAGAAGCACUUAAAGAAAAAGCCAGUUUGGAGAAAGAGAAAAUGAAUGCAGCACAGGUCGAGGACAGAAUUAUCACACAAAGAGUCUCAAAUUUGAAGCCCAAAGUGAAGCUCUUUAUUAAAGAAUCAUUUGUUCAUGACCUGCAAUGA